AUGGUUCAAAACGAAGCUGCUUGGAUUACUUCGCCUUCGGAGUAUCCCUUCACCGUCAAGGAAGGUCCCAACCCUACUGCGGGUGCGGGAGAAAUUGUCAUCAAGAAUGCCGCCGUGUCCAUCAACCCCGUCGACUGGAAGAUACAGACUCACGGGAGUUAUCUAUCACGAUACCCCUUCAUCCUGGGCGAGGAUGCCGCUGGCUUCGUGGAGGAGGUCGGCGCCGGUGUCACCCGGUUCAAGAAGGGCGACAGAGUCGUUGCGCACUGCCAUGGCCUGAUGACGAGAAACCCUGCCAACUCGGCUUUCCAAACCCACCCGGUAGCCACCAGUCUCUUGGCGUCCCCCAUCCCUGAGUCGAUGAGCUUCGAGCAGGCUGUUGUUCUCCCCCUUGCCAUCUCGACGGCCAGCGCCGGCCUGUACCCCAGGGACCGUCUCAACCUCCCGCUGCCCUCGGCCACGAAGCCUGAGAAGAAUGGUAAGACCGUCUUGAUCUGGGGCGGCGCAUCCUCCGUCGGCGCCACCGCCAUCCAGCUCGCGGCGGCCUCGGGUGCGACUGUCAUCACUACGGCUUCCCCGGCCAACCACAAGUUUGUGGAGUCGCUUGGUGCCGACAUGGUCUUCGACUACAGGUCUUCCACCGUGGUGGAGGACAUUUCUAGCGUUCUCAGCAAGACCGACUUCGUCGGCGUGUACGAUGCUAUUGGCGAGGACCCUAGCUUCGAUGCCGUGUCUGCUAUUCUUGACCGACUCAACAAGAAGGUCCCUGUUGCCAGCGUCCUCCCCUGCAACAACAGCACUGAGCUAUUCGCUCCUGUGUACGUUGUUGCCUUUGCCAUUAUUCAGGAGCCCAACCAGCACAUUGGUGAAUGGAUCUGGGAGAAAUUCCUCCCCGAGGCCUUGGCCAAUGACUCGUUCCAGGCUAAGCCUGAUCCCGCCGUGACUGGCCACGGUCUGAAGGAUAUUCAGAACGCUCUUGAUGUGCAGCGUAAGGGCGUCUCGGCGAAGAAGAUUGUUGUCAUUCUUUGA